CUGUUACGUCACUCGCCGAAACAAUUCUUCAUUUACAUCUUGUGCUUUGCCGUCUAGGAUACCGCGUGCUUGCUUUGUCGCGAUUCCAGGCCCCAAGGUCCGUCGCUUGCAUCAGUUUCCCAAUUGGUGAAAUCAACAUGAUUGAAGCGCUGUCUACCACUCCCUCACCGUAUAUGAAACGGCUGCUAAAGAUAACGAUUACCCUACGGAAACGUCGACGAAUGUUCACCAGGAUGGUAAAUCCAAUUAUCGGCAAGCUACUAUUUGUGGCUAUCGGUACAAGCAUGUGGGUAUGGAUGCAGGCCUAUGUCAAAGUUCAGAUCGCCCUGUACGGAGAAAACGUUCUGAAACCUCACAAUCGAACAGUGCCGGGCGAAUUCUACAGCGAUUCCUUCGGACGACACGAAUACGCAAAUCUCACGAAUAUUACCAUGCAUUACGUAACGAAAGGCUGUCAUGACGAAGCUAGUGAGAACCGUACUGUUCUGGUUCUCUUACACGGAUUUCUCGAUUUUUGGUACAUCUGGAACAGGCAGAUACCAGUCCUCGGAGAAGAUUUCUGCGUUGUGGCGCCAGAUCUACGUGGCUACGGCAACACUACACGGCCGAUGGACAGCGCGCAAUACCUUAUGGUCAACCUCAUUGAGGAUGUAAAAGAACUACUCGAUAAAAUAAACCCUGGUCACAAGAGAAGAGUUGUCCUUGUGGGACACGACUGGGGAGGCAUGAUCGCCUUUUGCUUCGCAACGGUGUACGAAAAGAUGAUCGACAAAAUGGUAAUCAUCAACGGCAUGCAUCCCUUGGCUUUCUCGAAGCAGUUGUUCCGAAGCCUCAGUCAGAUGAGGAAGUCCUGGUUCAUGAUUCCUUUCCGCCAACCGAUUGUUCCCGAGCAGUACCUGAUGUUACACGACCUCAUGUUUUUUGAUAAGGUGCACAAGUCUUUCACCAAGGAGGAGAAAAAUGCCCACAAGUAUGUGUUUUCGCAGCAAGGUAUGACAUUCUCUUGCUAUCAUACAUGUCAUGCAGAAUGAAGCGUGUAAAGAAUU